CCUUCCCGGUGCCCUUUACCUCUGCCAAAACCAUAACAACGUCCUAGGCAGCUGUUGCUGUUGUCGUCCGCCAAUCGUCGCUCAUAUGAUCGCGACGAACAACGCACGAGAUGCGCUCGGAAUCUGCUGCACGAUCGUCGCCAAGGUGCAUCGCGAUCGUGCGGCGAUAGUGAACUUCGUCUGCUGGGUUUCCUCUCACAGCAUCGGCGCACUGGCCUUCGUGCCGAAAUCUAGGCGAAGGUCGUGAGUAAACUUACAUCGAAACUACCCCGUGCAUAAAUCCUCAAUCAACGGUUACUCACUGUCCCGCGGUCUUCGAGUAAACAUCGAACCAUCAGAAGCACAGCUUUCACAGCCCCUGCGGGAUAAAUCUGCAAUUUGUCAGCUCGCAGAUUGAACACUUCACAGCAACUCCACCCAGCUGAUAGGAACGAGCCAAUCAACUCGCCAAGCCUACUCACCCAAACGUCCCACGUUAGAAUACCAACAUGUCUGGACUAGCGGAUCCUGUUGCCUUCCUGAAGGAUUUCGCCGCCGGUGGCAUCUCGGCGGCCAUUUCCAAGACCGCCGUGGCACCGAUCGAGCGUGUCAAGCUGCUGCUGCAGGUGCAGCACAUCUCGAAGCAGAUUGCCGAAGCCGAUCGGUACAAGGGCAUGGUUGAUUGUUUCGUGCGCAUCCCCAAGGAGCAGGGUAUUACCGCCUACUGGCGUGGUAACAUGGCCAACGUUAUCCGGUACUUCCCGACGCAGGCACUGAACUUUGCCUUCAAGGACAAGUACAAGCAGGUCUUCCUGGGCGGUGUCGACAAGAACACCCAGUUCGUGCGUUACUUCAUCGGUAACCUCGCCUCCGGUGGUAUGGCUGGAGCUACCUCACUGUGUUUCGUCUAUCCACUCGAUUUCGCCCGUACUCGUCUCGCCGCCGAUGUUGGUAAGGGUUCUGGUGAGCGCGAGUUCAAGGGUCUAGGCGAUUGUCUUGGAAAGAUCUUCAAAACUGACGGUAUUGUCGGUUUAUAUCGAGGCUUCGGUGUAUCUGUUCAGGGUAUUAUUAUCUACCGUGCCGCUUACUUCGGCUUUUACGAUACUGCUCGUGGCAUGUUGCCAAACCCGAAGACUACUCCAUGGUAUGUCAGCUGGGCCAUUGCUCAGGUCGUCACCACCAUAGCCGGUAUCGUCUCUUAUCCAUUCGAUACGGUCCGACGUCGUAUGAUGAUGCAGUCCGGCAGAGCAAAGUCCGAAAUUAUUUACAAAAGCACACUACACUGCUGGGCCACCAUUGCCAAACAGGAAGGUACCGGAGCCUUCUUCAAGGGUGCCUUCUCCAACGUACUUCGCGGUACCGGUGGUGCCUUCGUACUGGUGUUGUACGAUGAAAUCAAGAAGGUCCUCUAGAGACAAUCAGUUACAAUGUAACAUCCUGCUUUUAACGAGGUUUUUGUUCCUUUCCUUUGAUGCCUCAUCCUUCUGUCCUUCUUCCUUAUCCCAGAUGCUAAUCGUCAACGUAUUAGUACUGCGUCUAGAGAACUAGCUAUUUUUAUAGGACAAAAAUGUGAACGCACGGCUUUCUUAGUUCUCGAAGAAACUAGCCCCAGUUUUGUCAAUGUCUCUCUAACCUGCCUUAUAGGGUUAGCUUUAAGCGAUCAUUUAUGUUAUCUAUCAAACCAGCAGUUGUUGGUGUGUUCGAUAAACACCGAAUGUAGAAUGUGCCAUAUGUAAUUGUACAAAACGAGUGACGAUCGAAGUGAAGUGCAGCGAAUACCAAAAUACAUACAAAUGUACGAAUGCCAGAAUGACUUAAAUCUGUGAAAAGCCCGAGGGAAAAUAAAACGA